AGUAAGAGGGUUCAGUACUUCAGUUGAGUUGUGCCUACGUAACUCACCCAAACUCUUUGGACCUUUCCUUUCAAACUUACUUUACCCUUUUUCAAAUUUACAAAAACAUCUAUACAUACAACUCCUCUAUAUAUAUUACCCAAGAACAAAAAAACUGAUAUAAUUGAAAACUUCUUCAAAUCAAUCAAUUACACCUCCAUCCACGCCUUCUCAAAUGCAUUUCAGUCAACCCCAUUUAGUCUUCAACACGUUUCUUUCACACAUUUAAGCCCUUCAAUUUUGGGUGAUUUUUCAAGAAUUUUUUUGGGUUGUGCUCUAAUUAGUCCAAUGUUGAUAAAGAUUGCUUCUUUUUCAUUUUCUUGGUGACCCAUUUGGAUUUUUUUGCAUAUAAUGGAGAUUUUAGAUCUGGGGUUUUGAGUUUUCUUGAAUUUUGUUUCAGAUCUAUUGUUUAGUAUUAAUUUGUUGUCAAAAUGGUGGCUGAGGCUUGGAUUUUGAAGAUGGGGAACCAGUUUAGUGCUAAUCUCAAGCAUGCCCUUUUAAUUGAAGCUCCAAAAAAAGGUAACAAAAAGCAGGAGGUUAAAGAAACUAUUGGAAUCCUUUCUUUUGAAGUUGCUAAUGUGAUGUCGAAAACUGUUAUUUUGCAUAAGUAUCUUGUUGAUAAUGAAAUUGUGAAGCUGAAAGGUGAGAUCUUUAGUUGUGAUGGCAUUAAAGCUUUGAUAUCAGAUGAUGAGGCUUUUCUUUUGGAACUUGCUUUGGCUGAAAAGCUUGAUGAGUUGAAUCGAGUGGCUGCGGUUGUUUCGAGAUUGGGGAAGAAAUGCUCAUUGCCUGCAUUGCAAGGGUUUGAGCAUGUGUAUGGGGAUAUUGUUGGGGGAGUGAUUGAAGUGAGAGAAUUGGGGUUUUUGGUGAAGGAUAUGGAGGGAAUGAUUAAGAAAAUGGAGAAGUAUGUGAACUCGACUGCAAAUCUUUAUGGUGAAAUGGAGGUGUUAAGUGAAUUGGAGCAGGCGACAAAGAAAUUUCAGCAGACUCAGCACGAAGAAAGUCGUAAGGCUUUUGAACAGAAAUUGGCUUGGCAGAAGCAAGAUGUGGCACAUCUCAAGGAUGUUUCACUCUGGAAUCAGACUUAUGACAAGGUUGUGGAGUUGUUGGCCAGAACGGUUUGCACACUUUAUGUGCGAAUUUGUCAUGUUUUUGGCAAACCUGUUAUGAAAAGAGAAUUGGUCAGUGGUACCAUUUCGGGGCCACAGUUCCGUUCAAAUGGAAGUUUAGGUAAUAUAAAGGAAGAAUAUGGGCUAAAAUCAGGUCAAAUUGAUGUGAAAUUUGGGAAUUCUAAUUCAAUGAGGAGAGGUCUUACUAAGAAUUAUAGCUAUACUCAUUCUGGGUCAAUUGAGAAGGGUUCGUCAGAUAAAAUAGAUCAGCGAGGUGGUAUGGCUCUGGUGCGGGCUGAAAAUCAUUUUGCAUGUGGUAUGGGUCCUGGGAGGCUUCUCAUGGAGUGCCUUAGUUUGAGCAGUUCAGCUUCAAAAGUGGACGACGACGAUGAUUCUGUUGGGCAUGAUGAUAGAUCUAGUCAAGUUUCUGGUUGUUGUAGUGUUGCUAGUGGAGUGAAGAGAGGUAAUCUGAAUCAAUCAGAUUGCUUCAAUCGAUCUUUGCAGGGUAGUGCAACAAAUAGUCCAAAAUCUGGCCCCAAGAGUUGGCUGACGACUUAUGCUCCUGUUAGUACUGUUGGAGGCUCAGCACUAGCAUUACAUUAUGCAAACAUCAUAAUCAUCAUAGAGAAGCUACUUCGGUAUCCCCACCUAGUUGGCGAGGAAGCCAGAGAUGAUCUUUACCAUAUGUUACCAACAAGCUUAAAAACAUUGUUGAAGAUCAGUCUCAAGUCUUACAUCAAAGAUUUGGCAAUAUUUGAUGCUCCCCUUGCUCAUGGCUGGAAAGAGAGGCUUGAUCAAAUACUAAAGUGGCUUGCUCCUAUGGCACAUAACAUGAUGAGGUGGCAAAGUGAGCGCAAUUUUGAGCAGCAGCAAAUUGUUGCACGAACUAAUGUCCUCCUGCUACAGACAUUGUAUUUUGCAGAUAGGGAAAAGACAGAGGCAGCUAUAUGUGAGCUUCUAGUUGGAUUGAAUUAUAUUUGUCGCUAUGAGCAUCAACAAAAUGCAUUGCUGGAUUGUGCAAGUAGUUUCGAUUUUGAUGAUGGCAUGGACUGGCGGUUGCAACAGUAAGCUCUCAAUAGGUGUUUCAGUUGGAUUCGCAUAUAUGAAGACAGUGGUGUUUUUUUUUCUCAAGUUCGAGUCAAUAUGUUUCAAUUAGACAAUAGUUCGACACAUUGUGAAUGUCCAAGUUCGGAUAGUAAAGGCAUCUGUUUUCGUAUAAUGGAGUUGAUCAAUGUACUUUGUACAUAAUUCCAUUGUAUGAAAACAAAUUAUCUUUCGAUAUCGCAGAAUGUAAAUGUAUUCAAUGCUUAUGGGAUUUCUAUUUAUUUAUU